AUGACCCAAGAAGAAUCAAAAAUGCAAUUACCAGAAGGUUAUUCUUUUCGAAAAUUGAAAUCAACAGACUAUUCCAACAACUACAUUGAAACAUUGAAAGUGCUAACAACGGUAGGCAACAUAACUGAAGAACAGUUUGGUAAUUUGUUUGCCACUUGGUCUAAGAACCCAGAGAUUUAUCAACCACAUGUCAUCGUAAACUCUUCUGGUACAAUUGUAGCUACUGGGAUGCUACUCAUAGAAUCAAAACUUAUACAUGAAUGUGGCAAAGUUGGUCAUAUUGAGGAUAUCUCAGUUGCAACUAGCGAACAAGGCAAGAAGUUGGGCAAUUACCUUGUUAGAUCUUUGAGUUUAUUGGCGAAAAACAGUGGUUGUUAUAAGGUAAUAUUGGAUUGUUCGUCCCAUAACGUUGGGUUUUAUGAGAAAUGCGGAUACAAGAAUGAUGGAAUAGAAAUGGUGCAACGGUUUUAG